GGUGGGUUCAAGAGCAGGGUUUUGGCGAAAGGGAAACAUAGGGGACCCGAAGAUCUAAAGGAGAAGGGAGAAUAUUACAACACACUCUGGAUUUGAAAGUAACAUUAUUUAUGCAUUUAAACUGUACUUUACGUUUUAUCGGCGGAGUGGAAGGAUCUGUCGGUAAAAGCAGGACUGUGUAAAACUAAUAGGGUGAGUGGGGAUUGGGGAAGCGCGCGUCGUCGGGUCAAAAUGUCGAUUCAGUACGAAGUGGAACCGCUGGCAGACAGCUACGGGGUAGCGGACUCGUUUCCCAAAGAUUUUGGCUAUGGAGAAGAGGAGGCCGACAUCGAGGAUAGCCCAACUCCAUCUGACAGCAAACCUAGAAUUCUGUUGAUGGGUUUGCGGAGAAGUGGCAAGUCGUCAAUACAGAAGGUGGUAUUCCACAAAAUGUCUCCCAACGAGACGUUGUUCCUGGAGAGCACCAACAAGAUCUACAAGGACGACAUCUCCAGUAGCUCAUUUGUCAACUUCCAGAUCUGGGACUUCCCGGGUCAAGUGGACUUCUUCGACCCCACCUUUGACUACGAGAUGAUCUUCAGAGGCACGGGGGCUUUGAUAUUCGUCAUUGACGCACAGGAUGACUAUGUGGAGGCAUUGGGCAGACUCCACCUCACCGUGUCACGGGCCUACAGGGUCAACCCUGAGAUUAACUUUGAGGUGUUCAUCCACAAAGUGGACGGCCUCUCCGACGACCACAAGAUCGAGACCCAGAGGGACAUCCACCAGAGAGCCAACGAUGACCUGGCAGACGCCAGCCUAGAGAAGCUUCACCUCAGUUUCUAUUUGACAAGUAUCUAUGACCACUCGAUAUUCGAGGCCUUCAGUAAAGUGGUCCAGAAGCUUAUCCCACAGCUGCCAACACUGGAAAACCUUCUAAACAUCUUUAUAUCCAACUCCGGCAUAGAGAAGGCCUUUCUGUUUGACGUGGUCAGUAAGAUCUACAUCGCCACAGACAGCAGUCCGGUGGACAUGCAGUCUUAUGAGCUGUGCUGUGACAUGAUCGACGUGGUUAUAGAUGUCUCCUGCAUCUAUGGUCUGAAGGAGGACGGCAGUGGUAGUGCCUACGACAAGGAGUCCAUGGCCAUCAUCAAGCUGAACAACACCACAGUCCUCUACCUGAAAGAGGUCACCAAGUUCCUGGCAUUGGUCUGCAUCCUCCGAGAGGAGAGCUUUGAGCGCAAAGGCUUGAUAGACUACAACUUCCACUGUUUCCGGAAGGCCAUCCACGAGGUGUUUGAGGUGGGCGUUUCCACACCGUGGACGGGCUCCCAGGCGGCCGGUACGCCCUGCACCAAGGCUGUGACACUCAACGGCACCCCCCGGAGCACUGUCUAAACACAGAUAGACAGACAGAUAGACAGACAGAGAGAGGAAAAGAAAGAAAGAUGGGGAGGGAGCGUGCGGAAAAGACUAAUGGAUUGGGGUUUUCAGUAAACCAAUCAUAUCUCUCGCUCCCAGAUCCUAAAAAUCACAGGAAGAGGACUAGAGCAAAAAAUUCAAAUGAAGAGUCAGGGCUGAACCCGAAGCCCAGAGGGUAAGCCCAGGAGGAUUGUGAGCUUACAAAGCUAAGCUAGGACAAAGCUAGGAUGGAAGGGAAACUAAAUGCAGAGAUACUAGGAACAUUCGUAAAUUUCGUGUGAAUGCAAGGCAUUGUUUUCUCGGCACCGUUUGCCACCAGUAAAAACAGCGAAAUGAAAGUCCAACAGGACUGCUAUACGCAAGCAAAAGCGUAUUUGGCAUUUGGGAACUUUCAGUGAGAAAAGGCCUCACGUGCUGCAAGUCCCAAGAGCCCUGAGGAAGCUUGAUAAUAUCGCUGUCUGUUUUAGCUGCUGGUUCAUCCAUGUGAAGAACUACUUUUAAAAAAUAUAAACAUUGAUGUAACCCUCGAUAAGGAGAAGAAACUGCAAAGUCUGUACGGGGAUCAGUAUAGUUGUGUAACCCUGUGCAGAUUUAUGAGUCAAUCUCUAAGGAAUGCUUGGUGUUUAUCCAAAACGCACAUAGUAACACUUUCUCAAGGCCUUAUUUAGAUUGAGCUUGCCUGUUGCAAGCUUUCUCUCACUACUCACUCAACUGUAUGCUGCCCAAGACUUUGCUUCUGGUUUCACUACUUCUGAAGAAAACAGGGUUCCUCAGAGUGCAAAAGGGAUUGUAGUGUCCACUUGUUCUUUGUGUGUGUGUGUUGAGUACGUGUAUGUGUAUGUGUGUGUGUGUGUGUGUGUGGCUGGAAAAUAGGAUAGUUUGUGAUUAUGGAUUCAUGACUGUGCCCCAUCAUGUUGGUUUGCCAGUGUAUGCCCUAUGCUCAAAGUUGCUGUUGUGUCAUACUGUAUAAUGCUAUGCCGUGUUGGAAAACUGAGCUAAAAAAUAAACCUGUUAUCAGCGUUGUGAUCAGUGAUGCUUAUAAAUUCUGAAACAUUA